ACCUUUUUACGACACGCCAAAUGAACUGCCACAAACGCGAGAGCAUAAGCGAUUAUAUUUUCAAGAAGGAAUGAAGCAAGAAUCGAGUACUAUAUUGAGAGACUAUUUUUUUUAAAUACCAGUACGCAACCGCGCAUACUAAUACGAGUUUAAUUCGCCUAUCUGUUAAUUUUAAGCCAGCGAAAUACACAUUUUCGUAUGAAUUUUGAUCGAUCUAUUGUAGGGUUUAAGUGUAGUUUCUUUUAACAGCUGCUUUUGGUGCUAAAUCUUGUUAUAAGUUCCAAUCAACCAAUCUAAUCCAAUCAAAUCAAAUCAGCCUGGUUUCCCAAUCCGAUUCGUUCCGACUUGAAGUAGAGAAGAGAAAAACCAUGUGAUGUUGCAAGGAAGCAAAGCUAGAAACGAAUACACCUACCUAAACGAUAAAAGAAAUCUCCACGCGAUAUGCCGUCAGCAAUGCUAUACGUACAUACAUAUAUUAUACAUAAAUAUUAGAGAUCCUCGCCAGUUAAAUGUAAGUUUAUGGAAAGUCAGAUCAGCGUGUAGAAAACCCCCCCUCCCUUAAACCCUAAGGGAAAGCAGAAGAAAAUUGUUUCCCAGUCAACACAACACACCACUCAAAUUCUUGAAAGAACAGAAAUGAGUAUUAUGUUGAAUGUGUAUAGGAUAGCAUAGCACCCCUACCCUACCCCCUUACCCUUCCCCCUGUACAAUAUAUGUGUGUGUUGUUCGGUCCCCAUUACCUAUUAUCUAUUACUAUUACUAUUACUACUGUAAGUACGAAAGUUUUAGCAUUCUAAUGUUUUUUUGCAACCAUUUCUAUGGGAAACAAAUCUCUUAUUUUACGUUUAAAAUAAAGUCUUAAAAUAUCUGUGGAUCAAGAGAGUUUUUUGAAUUGGAAAAUGUCCAAUCAAAGAAAAAAAACUGCCUGCCUGAUUACAGGAUGGAUAAUGGUUCCUAAAACUGUUCGAAAUUGGGAAAAUAAUACUAAAAGUUCGUCAUUAUAUUAAUCGCAAAUGUUGCACAAAAGGAACAGCUGAGUUGAAUCCAACUGAGCAUUCGUUCGUCUGAGCUGUGCAGAAAGGCAGUUGCCCCAAGGACCAUUGGGUCUAUCGACCAAACAAUCCGUUGCCAUGAAUCCCAUCAGUUCUUAUUUUAUAUCGAACCGACCAGGCAAAGCAUCUGUCGUGGCUGCAAAAUCGAAAAGUUUUGGUUAAAAAAUGGACUUUAUUUUCAAAAAAGAACGCCGCUCCUUUGGGGCACGCGUACAGUUCGAGGACAAGGAUGAGGUGGUGUUCAGCGAGAACUCGAAUCCCGAACUGGUGAAGAGCUUCAUACUGAAGAACCCGGUCGACCGGGUUACACAAUAUGCGGGCCAGACAUCGCUGAGCGUGGCCAAUACGGAGAGGGCCACGUAUAAGAGCACUGGGAUAACACACAAUGAGGGCGGCUGGCCGAAGGACAUCAACAUGCACGAUCCGGAGCAGACGGUGCGCUACAAGCGCAAGAUCGAGAAGGACGAGAACUACAUUACGCAGGUGAUGAAUCUGACCAAGCCCAUGGAGCACUAUAUACACCAGAACAACGCCGUGAACAUAUACGAGAACUACUUUGAGAACUUGGACCCGGCCCCGCUGCCGGAGCCGUGCAAGUCUCGCACGGUUAAUGUUUACCGCGAUCCGAACCCGAUCAAGGUGCCGGUGAAGCACUUGUCCUGGUCUCCUGAUGGCGGCAUUAAGAUGGCUGUCAGCCACUGCGACAUGAAGUUUCAGGGCGACAAGACCGGGCAGAAGUGCAACUCGUACAUUUGGGAGGUGGAGAAUCCCAAUGAGCCAUUCCUGACGCUGGAGCCGAAGGUGCCCUGCGUGUGUCUCGAGUACAACCAGAAGGAUCCGACCAGCCUGGUGAGUGGCAUGUACAAUGGACAGGUGGCGGCCUGGGACACGCGCCACGGCAAGCAUCCGGUCAUGAUCAGCGAACGUGAGGUGUGCCACCGAGAUCCGGUCAACUCGGUGCUGUGGAACAACUCGAAGAGCGGAACCGAGUUCUUCUCCGGUGGCUCCGACGGGCAGGUGUUGUGGUGGGACACGCGGAAGCUCAGCGAGCCACUCGACAGGCUGCUGAUGGAUCCAGUCAAGAGCGACGAACAGGACCUGUCGCGCUCCUACGGAAUUUCUGUUUUAGAGUACGAGACCACGAUACCGACCAGAUUCAUGGCGGGAACCGAAAUGGGCAUGUUGUUCUCGUGCAAUCGCAAGGGCAAAACGCCUACAGAGAAGAUCCAAAUACGGAUGAUGUGCCACUUGGGUCCCGUGUAUGCCAUCACCCGGAAUCCGGCAUUUGUGAAGAACUUUCUCACGGUAGGUGACUGGUGUGCGCGCAUCUGGUCGGAGGACUGCCGCGAGAGUUCGAUUAUCUGGACCAAGAGCAGUAGCUCUAUGCUCACCGAUGGAGCCUGGAGCUAUACAAAGGUGUCGCAGUUCUUUAUUACGCGCAUGGACGGCGUGCUGGACACGUGGGACCUGCUCCAGCAGCAAAACGAGCCGAUUCUGACUGUGAAGGUGUGCGAUGAGCCGCUUUACUGCGUUCGGACCAACGAGAAUGGAAAGUUCGUGAGCUGUGGCAGCAAGCUGGGCGCCACCUUCCUUAUCGAGGUCUCCGACAACAUGGUGAUGUCGGCCAAGAACGACAAGCCCCUGUUGACAGCGAUGUUCGAGCGCGAGAACCGCCGCGAGAAAAUCCUGGAGGCCAAGUCGCGGGAGAGCAAGCUGAAGGUGAAGGCCAACCACGGCCAGGAUCAGGCAGACAUAACUAUGCUCAAUGGAAAGGUCAACAUGGCGCCCUUUGCCAGCGCUUGCGAGCAGGCGGCCAGUGAAUACUUUGCCGCUGUGGAACAGGAACGCAUGCGACGACUGCCCGGUGGCAAGCGUAGAGGAUGCGGAGGAGGCUGAUGUGUCAGAAGCAGAGAGCUCGAAGCUAUAGAUCUAAAACGCUUAAGAUGUAAUAUGAAUAUCCAUUGUAACACAUAGUACAUUUUUUUUAAUUAUUUAAAUCUGAACGAAAUAAGUGUUGUACAAGACAAGACCGGCUGAAGCUGUGCUCUUUCGUUCACGAGCUGAAUCAGUUCAAAGAUCAAAAAUGUAUGAAAUAAAUGUACAAAGUGAUAAAUA